AUGCUCACAUAUCUACGCGAAAUCAUCAAACAAGCCAAAACCGUCGCUCGCAGCCUCCUCGGCCUGUCCCUCGACGACAGCGGCACGCCGGGCACCACCACCCCAGCCAUGGCCUCUGACGACGAGAACAGGGCGGCGGCACCAACCGCCAAGGCUGCCGGCACCGACGAUGCCGCCCAUCCGAGCAGCAGAAGAAGCAGUCUGAGCCUCAAGCGCACCAGCCCCCACGACGGGCACGACGACGACGACGGCGACGAAGCCGCCGCCGCCGAGAAGAAGCCCAAGACAGACGACGACGACGGCGGCAGCGAGUGGCAGACCAUCAGCCGCUCCGCCAAGAAGAGCAAGAAGCCGCCGCGUCCGGGCAAGAACUACCCCGCCAUCACCUUUUCCCCCAACGCGCGGCUGCAGUCGCGCAUCGGCGUCAGCCACCUGCGCGACCUCGUCACGUACAUCUUCGCCGACGGCACCGGUCCGCAGUGGUGCGCCGUGUCGCACCGGCCCGCCUUUCGCAAGAUUGUCGCCCUCAUGGUGCCCGGGCUGGAAGAGGCCAUGUUCCAGCCGGGCGUGGACCUGGCGCGCUUCAACGAGACGCGGGACGACGAUAGUGCUGCGGCGCCGCCGUUGCGGUCCAAGGAGCAGCAGCAUCACGAGUCACCAGACGACUACUACCCGCGGGCGCUCGUAAAGGAAGACCUCGCAGAGGCGCUGCGGCCGUUCGCCGACAUGUUCCCGCAGCUGUGGCCGGUCAAGACGCCCGGCGACGACCGCCAUGGCAAGAUGCACUCGCCGCUCGCCGCGUUCCUCACCGCGCCCGCGCCCAAGGACAAGCAGCAGGGCAAGCAGCAGAAUGGCGGCGUCAAGCAUGCCCGCGAACCGUCCGGGUGGAAGAAUGAGCGCACGCGCAUCACAGAGUACCUCGCCACGGCGUCGGAACUCGCUGAAAACGGGUACCUGGUGCACCCGGCGAUGAUGGCCGACGACACGGCGGCGGCGCGGGACGCGUUUGUCCUGCCCGAAGGAUGGGUGCGCACGGCGGUUGACCGCCUCCAGGACGGGGACGUGCCCGAGGCCGAGGUCGAGCACGGCAGCGUGACGGCCGGCCGGACGGUGCUGGCGAUUGACUGCGAAAUGUGCCUCACGGGCGCCGACGAGUUUGCGCUCACGCGCGUCAGCGUCGUCGACUGGUGCGGCGACGUCGUCCUCGACGAGCUCGUGCGCCCCGCCAAGCCCAUCACCGACUACCUCACGCGCUUCUCGGGCAUCACGGCCGAGAUGCUCGCGCCCGUCACCACGACGCUCGGCGACAUCCAGGCGCGCCUGCUCGCGCUGCUCACCCCGCGCACCAUCCUCCUCGGCCACUCCCUCGAGUCCGACACCAAGGCGCUGCAGCUCACGCACCCCUUCAUCGUCGACACCUCGCUCCUCUUCCCGCACCCGCGCGGGCCCCCGCUCAAGUCCUCGCUCAAGUACCUGGCGGAAAAGUACCUCGGCCGGCGCAUCCAAAAGGGCGGCGAGGCCGGCCACGACGCCGUCGAGGACGCGCGCACCUGUCUCGACCUCGUCAAGCAAAAGUGCGAAAAGGGCAAGGCCUGGGGCGCGUCCGCCGCCCAGGGCGAGAACCUCUUCCACCGCCUCGCCCGCGCCGGCACCGCGUACAAGGCCCAAGGGGGUGACGCCGCCCGCGGCGGCGCCGAGCUGGGCAAGACGAGCGGCGCCGUCGACUGGGGCGACCCGGGCAAGGGCUACGGUGGCGGCGCCACCGUGCGCUUCGGCUGCCGCUCCGACGAGGACGUCGUCGCCGCCGUGCUGCGCUGCGUCCGCGGCGACCCGGACGGCAAGCAGGUCCGCGGCGGGGGCGUGGAUUUUACGUGGGCGCGGUUCCGCGAGCUCGAGGCCCGCCAGGGCUGGUGGAACGCGAACCGGCCGGGCGGCGACGACGGCCGGCCCGAGGAGCACACGGGCGAGGAGGGCGGCGGCGACGACGUCGAGGCCUGCGUGCAGAGACUGACGCAGCGCAUCGCGCGCAUCCACGACGCGCUGCCGCCGUGCACCGCGCUGCUCGUGUACAGCGGCUCGGGCGACCCGCGCCGCAUGGCCGCGCUGCAGGCCAUGCAGGCCCAGUGGCGGAGAGAGUACAACACGCCCGGCCGCAAAUGGGACGAGCUGAGCGUGCAGUGGACCGAUGUCGAGGAGCAGGCGCUGAAGCGGGCGGUGCAAAAGGCGAGGUCGGGCAUUGGCUUCAUCACGGUCAAGUAG